GCCGCUGCUCACAACCAAGAUAAUAGUAGUGCCAUGGGAGAUGGUGGUGCUGCUGUUGGCUUUGGAUACGGAGCCACAACCCCAGCGACGGGGUACCAAAGUUUGCGGUACACUUCUCCUCCGUUCAGCGGAAAUCGAAAGAUUUCAACGAAUGGCUUAAUGAUUUCCGCAUGGCAGCUAAUGGCGCAAACCUGUUGGAACAGUUUGAAGAGAGCGGGAGCUUGGAGAUCCCCGUCAACAGCGGAAAGAGCAAGUUUUCGCUGUCACAGCAGUACCGGAGCGAGCAAGUAGAGCUCGCAUUCCACGCGUGGAACUUCCUGUCUCACGCGUUGAAAGAAAAAGAUCGGAAAAUCAUGAAGAGGGCAGUGACGCCCCAGGGAGCUCUUCGUGAGCUCAAGACCAUAAACGACGCUGAAUCAUCUGUACAGCCGUCAGAGGACCUCAAGUCCCUGACGUCGACCAAGAUCUCUAGAGGUGAAAACCCCCAAAACGCCCUAAAUGAGAUGCUCCACACCGCAAAGUCCUCAACCGAGAAAGGGCUAACUGUCAGCGAAACGUUCGUCCUUCACCUCUUCCUGGAUGCCCUUUUGGACGAGUACGCCAUGACAAAGCACAACCUGCGACACGCAAAGGAGUUGACGCGGACGGUGUGCCAAAGGAAGUAAUGAUCGAAUACAAGGCGACCUAGGACAAGCUGGAGCAGGGGAAAGGAAAAGGGGCGAAGGGCGCAGAGCAAGCGUACUUCGCCGACGGUGAGGGCCGCAGGAGCGGUACUCAAGUAGGAGUCAGGGGCAAGGUCGUGGUCGUGGCGGCGGCCGUGGCCGCAGCAGCAGUCGUGGCCGCGGCGGCGGCGGCGGCGGUCGCGGCGGUCGCGGCGGCCGCUCAGGCGGAUCCGGAGGAGUCGAGGAGAGCAAGGGAAGCAGCAGUGGAGGCGCCGAUGGCGGCGGUGGCGGGGACAAUAAGUUCCGGGCCCGGCGCUUUUGGUGUGGACAUGAAGCGAUCGGCUGCACUACCAACGAGACGGACUUCGUGCCGUGGUGUGCGCGCUGCGAGGGGUGGGGCCACACCAAAGAAGAGUGCGCGACGGAGGAGGCCGUCCUAGCGCAAGUGGUGGAGCAUGAGAGCGGCGUGGACUCCGUGGAAGUCCAGGCGUUUCGUGCCGUGGCAGUCCCCCAGGCGAGUGUGGUACCGUUGGUGAAGUAGGUCUAGCGGGGGUUGUGGAAGAAGGCCAGGCGGUGUACGUGGCCGACACAGCGGCCAUGUGCUCAAUGUUCCGAUGUGCAGACAGCUUCGUGAACUACCGUGAGCGUAGCGGUUGGGUGAAGGGGAUCGGAGGCGNGGGCCCGGCGCUUUUGGUGUGGACAUGAAGCGAUCGGCUGCACUACCAACGAGACGGACUUCGUGCCGUGGUGUGCGCGCUGCGAGGGGUGGGGCCACACCAAAGAAGAGUGCGCGACGGAGGAGGCCGUCCUAGCGCAAGUGGUGGAGCAUGAGAGCGGCGUGGACUCCGUGGAAGUCCAGGCGUUUCGUGCCGUGGCAGUCCCCCAGGCGAGUGUGGUACCGUUGGUGAAGUAGGUCUAGCGGGGGUUGUGGAAGAAGGCCAGGCGGUGUACGUGGCCGACACAGCGGCCAUGUGCUCAAUGUUCCGAUGUGCAGACAGCUUCGUGAACUACCGUGAGCGUAGCGGUUGGGUGAAGGGGAUCGGAGGCGACAAGGCCCCCGUUCCUCUUCUAGGAUACGGAGAUGUGACCUUAGUCCUACAGACGGAAGAUGGUGGAGUACCCGUACCAGUACUGAAUGCUGCCCAUGUACCAGAGGCCCCCUACAACCUCAUCUCGCUGUCUUGGUUAGCGGAGGAGGGCAACACGUAUUCGGGGAUGAAGGGGGGCCUCACGCUGACCACGAAAGCCGGGGGGAGGUGUGGUUCCCCCGGACUAGAAAGCUGCUGACCCAACGAGGCUAACAAAUAAUGCCAACGCUACACACCGCCUGUGCCGCACUCAUUGUUCCUGGCGAUGCGAAAGCAGCC